AUGACAAGAAAUCGAAAUGCUAUUCAAUCAAUAUCUACGAAGAAAUCCAUAGAUUUUAUUUCAACUAAUAAAUUAUUAAACAAAGAAUCAAUAACUCUGUCGACUAUUGAACAAAAACAAAGUCAAAUCUAUAUGGAUAAUUUGACAAGCACUGAAUCAAAUCAUCAUGAUAUUAAACCAAUUGUAAAAAGUUCAUAUCAAAUACCUAGUCCAACAAUUCUUUUACCCGGUGAAUUUUCUUCAUCACCGAAAUCUACGACAAACAUCAAUACAAUUAUUAAUAAAAUUCAACGUUCUUCACCAAUAGAAAAUAAUCGAAAUUUAUCAAUAUUUAAUCAACUAAAUUUAUUUCAUUUAAAAAAUCAUAUCAUUGAUGAUGAUAAAAUUUCCGUAUCAAGUAUAAAUCUAGAUCAACAAUCAUUAUCAUCAUCAUCACAAAUUUCAUUGUCUAAUACAACAAUAACUACACAACAAAUACAAACAUCUCAACAUAUUUUCUCUCCAAAACAAACACCCGUUAUAUUACCAAACAGACAAAUUCCAAAUUCACGAAUCUCACUAUCACAAAUGAUAAAUGAUCUUGAUAAUACAAAUCCAAUUUUAUCUCAAGAUAUCGAAUCAUUUCCAUUUAAAUUAUUUCGUGAUCGAAUAGAUAAUGAAAAUAUUCAAUUUGAACGUCCUAUUGAUACAUCACCUCAAUUAAAAAUACAUCAAGAAAUAAAACAUGAACAAGAAUCAUUAUGGAAAACAAAAUUAACCUUGAAAACUUUACUUUCAAUGGCGAAUAGAGAUGAAGCUCAAGCAUUAAAAAAUCGAAAACCUAUUGAUUAUCAUAUGUUUCUUACGAAUAAAUUCAAUAAAAAAUCUAUUUUUCAAUAUAAUGAUCAUAUUGAUACAAAAUUUACUGCUAACAUCAAACAAAUUCCUAUUGAACAAGAUUAUAAAGAAAAUCGAAAUUUAUACAAACGUUUAUUCAAUACAAUGGGCUUACGUAAACCAAUAAAUACAAAAAACAAAGUUGAAUCGAUUAAAAAGAUAAAAACAAAACGUAUGACUAAAAAUAAAAAGACUCUCCAUUAUUUACCAAAUAAUAAAAACGAACAACAAUCUAUCCUAAUUAAUUAUCAAGCAGUACCGAUUUCGAAAUAA